UUUUCAGAUCUUUAAAAAAUCUAUCAGCUUAAUGCAUUCAAUAUGAUGGUGGAAUAUAAUAGGAUAUUUUGCGUUUUAGUGAUAUUUUCUACCACAAUCAAAUGUGAAUAUAGUGAACUUAUGAAUCAGAAAAUUGGAGUUCGUGUCGAAGUACUAAAUAUGAUCUAUGAAAAUGAGACAACGAUCACAUCUACAGGACAUCCAAGAUGUCGGCUAACAUUGCAUAAGUCAGGCUGGGAUCGAGAUACAUGUUCAAGUCCUCAGUUUAAAUUAAACGACACCUUAUCAUGGUCAACAAGAGUUUGUUAUAAAUGGGUUUGCGAUACAACCAAGUACGCGAUGCGAGUGGAAAGUUGUUGGAUUGGAUCACCAAAUAUGUCUGUUUACAUAUUAAGAGAUGAUGGAUGUACAAUUGAAAAAGCAAUACUAACAUCUCCAGUUUAUACAUCAUUUAAUAGAGCUGCAGCAAUUGGAUGGAUGGCUGUAAGACAGAAAAAUAUGAAGUACAUGCAUGUCGGAUGUACUAUCCGCCUGUGCCACCUAUGUGAUCCAAAGUGUCAGACAAUAACACCUCCACGAACCUGUAAUGAUAAUCGAGCCGAUGACUAUGAGGCUAUGUGGAAUAGUUCUUCUAGAGUCAAGAAUUUAUGUUUUCCCGAGCCAUCGACCACUGAAAAUUUGAAUUUGAAUUUUGGAAAUUCUCCUUUCCAAAAUGUUGGAAAUAUUAUCAUUCUGCUACUUGUCUUCUUAUUACGUUGAAUUUUGCUCAAGAAUAUUUAAUUUCGAAUAAAAAAUUACCGUAUCCACA